AUGUCUUCUUCCUCCAAACUCUCGCCCGGCUCACAUGCCACAGCCGUCAACAGCCUAACAAUCCACUACACGGUCCUUGCCUCGUCACCCGGUCUCCCGCCUCUCAUCAUCCACCCAGCCCCCUGGGGCUGCGGCGCAGCCCUGUACAUCCAAGCCUUCUCCCGGCUCUCCGCACAAUAUGCCUUAAUCAUCCCCUCGCCCCGGGGCAACGAUUCGUCUCAACGACCCUCAAGCCCAGACGAAAUGUCGUCACGACACCUCGUCUCAGAUCUUGAGCAGUUCCGACAAUUCCUGGGCCUCGACAAGGUCAGCAUCGUUGGCCACUCGUCCGGCGGCACCAUCGCGCUGGGCUAUGCGAUCGCCUACCCCGACCAUGUGGACAAGUUGAUCCUGCUCAACACGGACCUGUUGGGGUACGAGCGUAAAGACAACUCGUUUUUCCAGGACGUAGGACAAAUCCAAGCCAGGAUGUCUGUGACCAACGACGAGGAGUUCAAGGAAUUGGUUUCGCAAAUUUUGCCGCUGUAUUUUGCGCAUCCGGAACGAGGGGGCCCAGAGGCAUUCAAGAAAGUAUGGACGAAUGUGCCAUCGCUCUGGGCGUACGGGGCGUAUUAUGGCGCGGAUAAGUCCGAGGAUGGUGCUUGGGACCAGGUCCAGGAGUUGGGCAAAGUCAAGGCGAAGACGCUGGUGGUUGUGGGACGGCAGGAUAGGACUUGUGAAAUCGAGAUCAGUGAGUGUGUCAGUCGGGGUGUGACUGGGAGUAGGCUGGUGGUAUUGGAGGACUGUGGGCAUAUACCGUGGAUGGAGCAGGAGAAGCCGUUUUGGGAUUUGCUGGAGGAGUUUUUGAAGGAGUAG